AUGCUUCUGUUGUUUCAACUCUCCAUUUUCUGUUUCCCAUCAUCCCUCGCGGAGGAAUACAAGUUCUGUGAUGCCAAACCACUUGGCAAAUACUGCUUGGCUGACUACACAGGAUGGCGGGAAUGUUUGAUUGAUGCGUUGGAUGAGCCCGCUGAAGAGCUACAUCAUUGUCCAGCUGGCUCUAAGUAAUGUUUGCUCUCUCUUACUACUGUAGCUGCCGUCGAUAGGCAGACAUAUUGAGAGAAGAAUCCUACUUCUUCUUCUCGUCCAAUAAGUAUAAAUAAGGCUAAAACUGCUUAUUAUAUUUGAAAAAUUCUGUUUUAAAGAUGUGUAUGCAAUGGCAAGCUGGAACAAGGCUCCUGUGUGACGCAUGCGCGAAACCCAUGCGUCCGUUCUGCGGACGAACGCGUUCGGCCUGAGUUUCCCCAGUCGUACUUUGGCGUAAUAUUUGUAACAGACGCGUUCUGUGACAAGGAUGGUUGCGAAGGACGCAUUGUAGUGAGUGAAAAAUACCGAGACAACAAGAAAGGUGGCAGAUCACGUGAAGAUCUCGUGAUGGGGCUGACACAGCACAUGACAGUGAUAAUUGUGCGCGAAGGGGAAGGGUGGUCUCAGGUGAAUAAUACAUUGUAGUCUUCAGACUCCGAGGAUUACGGAUUUAAAAAAUUAAGUGUCCAUUUCGGCCCACUGGGUAUGGAUAAUGGUGUGCUCUGGGGAGACGAUUGACCCAAAAUGUUAUUCUCGUCGACAGGAUUUUUCUCACCUCCAUAAUAGUAGCAUAGAAACAGAAAACUAAACAUUCUGGAAAGUACUUUGGAAACAUUUCAACUACAAAAACAAACAAAGUACAAAAAAAUUGAAUAAAAAGGAAGAAACAGCUAGAUAGUCAAAAUUUUUCGUCGAUUCUGAGAGUUUUUGUGAAGCUCUACUGACCAUGAGCAGUGUUAAGGCCAAGAAGAGGAAACACUUAUUAGUUCCAACUCAUCAAACAUUAGUUAUUGAUCCUUGAAUUCCCACGAGUGAUUAAGAGAGAAUUUCUCCUUAAAAUAUUACAAGUGAUGAGAAUAACUAAAAAAUUAAAAAAGGAGAUUUUUAGUUGAUUCAGUACCCAAUUUUCAGGAACUAACGUCAUAAGAAUUGUAGGGUAGACAGUAAAGAGAAUUACAAAUUACAUCUUGGGAGUGAAAGGGUUAAACAUUCUCGUCCACAAUUGUAAAAGAACCUGCUCAUCGCAACCCAGUUCGGUAACAUCUUUCACGAUGCCACCCUCAUAAGUAGCAAUUCCUCAAUUUUUUGGCUUGUUCUCUACCUAGUACGCCAUAGACUUGAGGGAGGGCACACCUUUGUGUAACAAGACCAUGCUUCCGGAAUUCCGAGGCCUCAUGAAGGUUCCCGACAAUUUCCAAUACAACGGCACAGUGGAAAUCCUGGGCGUCGAAUGUGAAGACUGGAUUUACGAAGCCAACAGUCAGGGAAACUUUAGUGCCGUGAAGGAUAAAGCCAAAAACGUUGGAUUCAGCCAAACAGUUCGCAACAAAAUUCUCACUCGCCUCACAGAUAAUUUAGAGACGAAUACUCUCGGUGGCGGAGGUCAAAUUGUUGAAGUGCAUCACAUCUAUGUGGCUAAAAUCAAUGGUACUAAUGUACCACUGAAGGUAGAAUUCGCCAUUGCUAUUCCUAAACAAAAAAUUUUCACUCACUAUAAGGAAUUCAUGGUCGCCUAUUACCCAAAUAAGUCCAUCAGCAUCAGCAGCGAGUUUCGGAUGUUUGAUCUCCCGGAUGUAUGCACGAGUAAGGAUGAGGGGGAGGGUGGGGCGAUUGAUGACGUACCACUGGAUAUUCAAACUGUCAAACGCCAUCAUCGAAAGGAGGGAAUGAAUGCUGGAGACAAUGAGUUUCCAACAACGAAGCGAUUUGUAAUGCCUUCGGUCACGCACGAAAUGGGUGACGCCUCCGACAUUUUGGAGCACUAUAGAGUGGCAGAUCAAGUAAUGCAUGCAAUAAAGAAAAAAAGAAAAUGA